GCCGCGGGCCUUACAGCGGCUGGACGGAGUAUCCAGGUGGCCGACCUGCGGAGUCUUGCGAAUUGGGCCUACCUAAACCCUCUCGGCUUUGCAUCCAGCGUGCUGUGUGACCCUGGGUAAAUUCUCCCCAAUUUGAACCCAUUUUCUGCUUGGUCAAAGGGGAUAGCCACCUUGAAGGAUUUUCGAGAUUACAUGGAAUGAGUUUGUGAGGCACCUGUUGCUCAGACGUGGCCUCCUCGGGGAGAGCUUUCCCUGACAGUCCUUCCCCCACCCCCAACUUCACACCCCAGACUGCACAGGACUCUCGUAUCGUACACUCACAUAGCCUACAAUUGUGAUUUUAUAUUUGCCCGAAUGCCUAUUUGAUUACUGUCUGCAUCUUAAGUUAAAUUUGACCUCCGUGAGAGCAGGUCGCGCUCAUCCUUACACCGCAGCGCCCAGUUCAGUGCCUGACGCACAGCAGGGGCCCAAUCAAUGCCCACUCUCCAUUCCACCCACUCGCCGCACGGAGGGGAGCGUCAGCAGGGCUCAAUACCGCCACUGGCCAGCAGAGGUCAGGCGGCGACCAGCCUUCUCGUCCAACGGAGCGCCCGCUCAGCCGGCAGGCGCCACAGGAAGGGGACACCUGAGCUCAGGGGCGCUCAAGUUUUAAGGAUCCAUCGUACUGAGAACCACGGACGAGGCUCAGGCCGGGGAACGGGUUUUUCCCUUUGGAUUUGUGGUUCACGGCCUGUCCUGGAUCAAAGGCUUCUCCAACAACCUGUGAAGAUGCACGGCCUCUGCAAAGAAAAUAGCUGAGAAGAUCAGGAGGACUGAAUUGUGGCUGGCCUGCACAACAGCAAGUGAACCUUUAAGAAUGCAUACGAAGCUACAUGAAGUGAAGAGGGAACCUGGAGAAGCCAAUGAAGUAAGGAAAAAGCUUAAUAGGGACAACUUGGUUUCUGCAGACAACUGAAAAAGCUGCCCUUGGAAACUGUUUCUUUGGCCCUCAUGGAGCGGCUGGAACGUGGACAGUGAGGCCCUCGACCGGACACACCUCCUCUCACCCCCUGAUCACGGUCGCCACCAUGGCCAGCAAGCGGAAAUCCACCACCCCGUGCAUGAUCCCUGUGAAGACCAUCGUCCUGCAGGGUGCUGGUGUGGAGGCCCUGCCUGCUGAGGCCCUGCCUGAAGGACCCCAGCAGGAUCCGCCCCCAGAAGCACCUGCCCCUAGUAGCGAGGUGGCCCCCAGCUCUGGCAGUGCUGACAGCACCACACUGGCCAACGGGCACCGGAGUGCUUUGGAUGGCUACUCAUACUCCUGUAAAUACUGUGAUUUCAGAUCCCAGGACAUAAUUCAGUUUGUGGGACACAUGAGCUCAGAGCACACAGACUUCAAUAAGGACCCAACUUUUGUUUGCACUGAAUGCAGUUUUCUGGCAAAAACUCCUGAGGGGCUUUCUCUGCACAAUGCCAAAUGCCACUCGGGGGAAGCCAGCUUUGUGUGGAAUGUGGCCAAGCCAGACAAUCAUGUAGUAGUGGAGCAGAGCGUCCCCGAGAGCACCAGCACUCCUGACCUAUUGGGUGAGCCCAGCACCGAAGGGACAGAUGGACAAGCCGAAAUCAUCAUUACCAAAACUCCAAUCAUGAAGAUAAUGAAAGGCAAAGCUGAAGCCAAAAAAAUCCAUACACUCAAGGAGAACAUCCCCAGUCAGCCCGUUGGUGAGGCCUUACCAAACGCAUCGGCUGGCGAAUCAGAGGUGAGGGUGGGGGACCACUCCUCUGUCAAUGGGGCCGUCCCAGCCAGCCAGGCAUCCACCAGCUCCGCCAAAGCCCCACAUGCAGCCAACGGGCCACUGAUGGGAACGGUGCCAGUUCUGCCGGCUGGCAUUGCACAGUUCCUCCCCCUCCAGCAGCCGCCCCCACUGCACGCCCAACACCAUGCCCACCAGCCCCUGCCCACAUCCAAGUCCCUCCCCAGAGUGAUGAUCCCCCUGAGCAGCAUCCCCACCUACAGUGCAGCCAUGGACUCCAACAGCUUUCUGAAGAGCUCCUUCCACAAGUUCCCCUACCCAACCAAGGCCGAGCUCUGCUAUCUGACCGUGGUCACCAAGUACCCAGAAGAACAGCUCAAGAUCUGGUUCACAGCCCAAAGGCUGAAGCAGGGUAUCAGCUGGUCCCCUGAGGAGAUCGAGGAUGCCCGGAAGAAGAUGUUCAAUACAGUCAUUCAGUCUGCACCCCAGCCCACAAUCACUGUUCUGAAUACCCCCCUGGUGGCCAGUGCUGGUAACGUCCAGCAUCUCAUCCAGGCUGCUCUACCAGGUCAUGUUGUGGGGCAGCCAGAAGGCACAGCAGGGGGACUCCUGGUCACUCAGCCACUGAUGGCCAAUGGGUUGCAGGCACCAAGCUCAUCUCUCCCCCUGGCUGUUACGUCUGUCCCCAAGCAGUCAAAUGUCACGCCCAUUAACACUGUGUGUUCAAAUACCACGUCAGCUGUUAAGGUGGUCAAUGCUGCCCAGUCGCUCCUUACUGCGUGCCCCAGCAUAACUUCCCAAGCCUUCCUCGAUGCCAGCAUCUACAAAAAUAAAAAAUCGCAUGAACAGCUGUCAGCCCUGAAAGGAAGCUUCUGCCGGAACCAGUUCCCAGGGCAGAGUGAAGUGGAGCAUCUAACCAAAGUGACCGGCCUCAGUACCAGAGAGGUGCGGAAAUGGUUCAGCGACCGGAGGUACCACUGCCGCAACCUGAAGGGCUCCAGAGCCAUGAUGCCUGGGGAGCAGAGCUCCAUCAUCCUUGACUCUGUGCCAGAGAUGCCCUUCUCCCCAUCGUCUAAGGCCCCUGAGGUGCCCUGUGUCCCCACAGCGGCUCCCCUGGCCAUCCACCCUUCCGCCAGGCGACAGUCCUGGCACCAGACCCCUGACUUCACACCAACCAAAUACAAGGAGCGAGCCCCGGAGCAGCUCAGAGCCCUGGAGAGCAGUUUUGCACAAAACCCCCUCCCUCUCGAUGAGGAGCUAGACCGCUUGAGAACUGAAACCAAAAUGACCCGGAGAGAGAUUGACAGCUGGUUCGCAGAGAGACGGAAAAAGCUGAAUGCGGAGGGGACAAGAAAGGCCGAUGGGAGUGCCUCCCUUGAGGAGGAGGAGGCUGCUGGGGACGAGGGCGGGGAGGAGGAUUUGGCUGGUGACAAUGACUCCCUGGAAGUGGCCUGCAGCCGCGCCUCCGCGGAGCGCAAAGUCAGCCCCAUCAAAAUCAACCUCAAGAACCUAAGGGUCACUGAAGGCAAUGGCAAGAGUGAUCUUCCUGGGCUGGGCGCCUGCGAGCUGGAGGAUGAUGCUUUGAACAAGCUGGCCGAGCAGCCCCCAGGCCGAGCGAGCUACAAAAAGACGGCCCAGCAGCGGCACUUGCUGCGGCUGCUCUUUGUGCAGACGCAGUGGCCAAGCAACCAGGACUAUGACUCAAUCAGGGCCCAGACAGGCCUGCCGCGGCCCGAGGUGGUGCGCUGGUUUGGCGACAGCAGGUACGCCCUGAAGAAUGGCCAGCUCAAGUGGUACGAAGACUACAAGAGGGGUAACUUCCCCCCGGGGCUGCUGCUCAUCCCCCCUGGCAACCGCGAGCUGCUGCAGGACUAUUUCAUGGCCCACAAGAUGCUGUACGAGGAGGACCUGCAGGGCCUCUGCGACAAGACCGGGAUGAGCGCCCAGCAGGUCAAGCAGUGGUUUGCCGGGAAAAUGGGCGAGGAGACCCGCGCUGUGGCAGACACAGUCAGCGAGGACCCGGGCCCUGGCGACCCUACGGCAGUUCACAGAGGGAUGGGUGACACCUAUUCAGAGAUGUCUGAAAACAGUGAGUCGUGGGAGCCUGGUGCCCCUGAGGCCAGCUCAGAGCCCUUUGACACACCGAGUCCCCUGUCUGGACUUCAGCUGGAAACAGACUGAAUUUGAACUGAUUUCGGUGAAGGACUGGCCAGUCUAAGAUACCACCUGCCACGUGGAAGGCCCAGCCGGACUCUGCAGCCACACAUCGUUCCAUGGCCAGGUGCUGGACGUGCCCGGGAGCUUCCAGAGGCCUCACACACAGCCCAGAGCCUGCCUCUCCAGCACGCAAGCACAGGCCAGAGUUCGCGCCAGUUCUUCCUUCCACAGUGUAGGACCUUACCUUGCCUUCCGUUGGAUAAAGUAGUUCAGAUUUCAUAUUCAUAGACACGGAAUCAAGUUUUUAACAUAUAAAUCCGCCUAUACACUUUUAAUAAAACUUCAAAUUAUAAACACUUUCAUUACAUAGAAGCCUUGGUUAGCAAACCAAAGCAUCAUGUUUCACAUCAUCUCUGGAAAUGCCCUGUGUCUGUUCCCUGGAGAGCACUGGGGCCAUGUGCCCCUCACCUCCACGGCUGGACACUCAGAACCACAUCUGGACCCUCUGUAGCCCUUCGCAUUCCUCAAGGAAGGCAGAGUGUUUGAAGACAUCUCUGCUACGUUACAUGGUGACCAGCAAAGUUUCAUGCCAGGCUUGCCUUGGCUUCUGGGAUAAUCAGGGCAGAACCCGCUCUUACCCACAGUUUAAGAAAUGGAUUGGUUGUGUGAUUAGUGUUUGAGGCUUACCAUUCUCUUAAGUUGUUACAGCAAUUCUGCUUUUUCACAGGAACUUGAAUCAUGGACCAUAAUUUUGCAGUUAUCAGAUCAACUAAAGAAACAUUUGUUAAGGCUUAUGUACUGACCAAAUGUGCUCACAUUUUUAAAAAAAGCUAGACAUGUUUAGAAUAAGAGGAAAAUUGAAGGAAGAAAUGGGUGGGGGAAUGAAAGUGAAAGUGCUUAGCUCGGCCUGUAGCUCCGCCCCGUGGCUUCGGAGCCUUGUCUCCGCACUCGCUUCAGCGCCACCUGUGGCUUGGGAAGGACGACCGCACUUGUCUGGGAGUGCGAGUGAGGGCGUAUGGGACUCAGGACCUGAGGACUCCCAGCUGGGGUGGACCUGCCUGUGGGCGCUCCGGGCAGAACACCACCCAGGGCACUCCUGGCCCCCACGGCACGGGCCUGGCUGGCAUGCUGGACCUCACUGGGUAGGUCUUUGUGAGGACGCCUUUCAGGUUCUAUAUUUAUAUCCCCAAACUUGGCAGCAAGAUCUCUGUCUACUUUAGCUUGACCUUCACAUCCAUUUUUUUUUUGACUGAGAAGACCACAGGAAAAGGUGCCUUUGAAACAUUGGGAAGCUGGCUCACAAAGCUGUACUAACAGCGAAUCCCCCUUUCCCUGCGGCUGACUCCUCUGAAAGCAGCCGGGUGCAGCGGGCCAGGCACAAGGGCCCCUGCAGUUCUGCUCGCCUCCCAGAAACCACUGCUUCCCAAAGCACUGGGCACUGACUGGGUGAGCAGCACUGAAGGGCACCAGGGAGAGGGCAGGGGCUUUGGGCAAGAAAUACCGGGGGUGGGUUAGGCACUGUCCUCCCCCACCCCACCCAGGAGCUGGACAGGACAGGCACCUGGUGUUGUGGCUCUGAGGAUGAUGACAGUGGCGGCACCUUCUGCCUUCCAGGAGAGAGUUUGCUUGGAACCAAAAGCCCUGGACCCAUUCUUCUUUGAAAGAGUCUCCUGCUCUCCCUGUCCCAAUAGAAACCUCCUCUUGUCUCAAAUAGGUGACUUGUGAGUACCUGGCAAGUUUUGCCCCCUGUUGUUGUGUCCUUUCCAUUUUGGGUGUAAAGCAAUUUAGCCCCAAAGGCCUCUUUGCAGAAUUGCCAAGAAUGGCAAGUGUUACCGUCCUUCAGAGAACAGACACCUGGAAUUUCCCCUUUCAUGUUUAUGUAUGUGCAGAUUAAUUUAUAUAUAAAUGUGUGUACAGUCCAAAUACUCAUUUGAUACUUUACUCAUGGAAUGUACAUCUGACACGUAUGCUCAAGGAACGUGGGGGCUCGUGGGUGUCGGGGAACAUAAUGUAGCCUGUGUUUCAGGGAAUGCUGGGACAUGGCGCAGAGUGAAGUCACCUCCAUGCUCCUGAGCCACCAUCCUGCCAGCACCACUCCCAGAGCCCUGUGUGCACUGGUCCAAGGUGGUGUCUUUAGAGGGGACUUUUUUGAUUGUUUUAUUUGUAUUCACAUUUCAUUUACAGCUCAAACAGCAAAGCAGAAAAAAUAAUUACAUGGUGGAUGAGUUCAUGCAGACACAGAAGUGACCCAGCCAGCUUGUCUUUAGAAGGUGGGAGGGUGCUGUCACCUGGGCAUGUUGUCUUCACAGAUGCUGGCCCUGCCCUAAGCCAGGGCCACACUGCAGAUGGUGAGGCUGCCCAGGUAAGGAGCUCACUUGACAGACCCACUCUUUCCUGUGCUCUUGGACCCACAUGAAUAGUGAGGUCAGGGACUUGAGCUUGAAUCAGAUGGAUCAAAGGUGAUGGUGAGAGACACAGUUGCAUCAUCAUGCAGGUGCCCAGGGCUUUGGGUGCAGAACUGUGAACACAGCCGACUGGGUGCCUGAUGCCCACACCAGCCUGGCAACUUGCGGAGGACACAAAUGGCAGGAGGUGGUCUGGGGCUGCAGGUGGUGGGCUGGGGUUAGUCACUCCUGAAGAAAAAGCCUCUUUUAUAAGGUGGCUAAUCCUUUGCCUCUUCUCUGUGUGCACUUGGACUUGUCAGAGGGAAUGGAACAUUGCAGUGAUUUUGUUGCCUAUGUCUGUACAUGUUUGGUUUAUUAUAUUUUUUACAUGGGUUGUAGAUCCAGUUUUAACAGGUGAAACCAUACAACCACCUGAUAAAGGCAAUCUGGGGUUAUGAUACAUGUACUUUGCAUACUUUGAUUACUUAUAUUAUUAUUGACUAUUAAGGAGCUUUUCGGUUUUGGAGGAAGACUCUCAUGUUUGAGAGCCUCAGGUUCCUGAAAUAGGAUUCCCUGGAUGGAUAACUGGCCGGCACUCAGGGGUUUGGUGGCAGUGUGACCCAGAGCUCCUUUUGUGGCUGAGUGACCGACCGGCAGCUGUUGAGGUGGACCAAAGUGCCUCCACCCGAGGCCACGGCGCUCUGCUCUCCGGCGGUGGGAGCUGGGCGGAGUGCUGGCUGGGACCCCAUAGCUCCCAUGGGUCUGAUGGCCGUGGGAUGCUGUCCCACUAGGAAGUUCCAGCAUGUUCUCCAGGCUGCGAUGUGGCUCUCAUGGGUUUGACCCAGUGACAGGUCCUGGGUCACCUCCCUCUCCCCUCGGGCUCUGGGACAUCAGUGCCAGGCUGCCUUCCGUGGAGGGCAGGUGCCCACCUUUCUGGCUGCGGGCUCGUGUUUCUCUGCACACUCUCCCCCGUGGCUCCCUGCUCAUGCUGCCCUGUCUUGGGCCUUAGAGCCUCUUGUCUUCCUGUUCUCUUCUCAGACCAAAAUCCUUGGAUUGGAGCAGCUUUGUCAGUUCAAAUAUCACAGGCCAAGCAAUGGGCUCAAGUGACAGCCCACUUUGCAGGAGAGGAGAGCCAGCCAAGAAAAACUUAAACAAAACCAGACCUGGAGUUUGGGCUUUCCCUAAAGUUCCCCCCCAACUCUUUUUUCUUGCUCAGAUUUUACUUGGGGCAGGUUUUGGGUUUGACCCACCUUUUGUAUUAAGUUUAAAUUUUCAUGCAUCCCAUUGAUUUGCAAGGCUCACCUGUGUGCUGGAGAAGAAAAAUCCUCCAGACACGUAAAAGUGCACAUGGCCAGCUCAUCCAGACCAAAACCAGCAGCUUGCUGGGGCUGGAUACAGAAUAACAGGGCUCAGUUCCCCUCACUCCAACCCAGACCCCCCUUUUCAGGGUCUCCUGAAUCAGCGUCCCUCCCAGCCUUGGCCCUCCCAGCCUUUCUGCCCAGACUGAGAGGGACCGGGUCCAUGUGGCUGGGGCACAGCUGCCUUCAGAACAGUUCUGACACCUGAAAUGCAGGGAGUGAGGGGCCUGAGCCUUCUCCAGAAAAGUCCCUCCCCAAGCUUCAGUUUGAGGUCCCAGCCGUGCUGAUUUCCUGGGCCCAUUUUCAAUGGCUGAGCUGUGCCACACGGCCCUGGGAGGCUGUACGUGACCUCUCACAGAGGGAGGGGUUUUGAUUUCCACCAAGUGGCAGGAUGGACGCAAUGAUCAUGGGCGCUCCUGGCUUGCUACCCAGACCAGCAGGGAUUCCAGACAGAGCCCACAGGCCUUGGUUUGGAUCUAGUGUUCCGAGCGCAGGGCCGCACUAGGGAGGGGCGGGGAGGCUGGCCCCAGUUCUCUCUGGGCUGACCCAGAAUCUGCAUGUGGCUCUGCUGUGAAAGGAGCACAGGCAGGAAUUUAGCUGUAGAGGAUCGAGAGCCGCUUUUUGGUUCUUUCAGUCCUGCGCUCACUUGUCAAGACUGGCUGUCCCGUCUGCGUGCAGUUCUGGCCUCUCCUUUGAAUGGGAUCCCAGACUGGAGACAUGGCGGCCUGGACCCAGCAGGCAUCAGCCAUUCUCCCUGUCCCAAGGUCUGGGAUGUCACAAGGCUUCACAAAGAAUGUGUGGUUACUGCUGUGUGUCACCAGCAGCCCUCAGAACCUGGCUUGUCCUCUGCGUAGGCCUGAGGCUGAGGGUGAGCACAGCGAGCAGGCCAUUCUGGCGGUGCCUGAGGUUGUCUUCCGGCUAUUGAGUGUCUUUCCUGCUGUCCACCUGGGGCAUGUGGCAAGCCAGGGAACCUGAGAGGAGUCUGAGGCUUUACCUGCCUCUAGUCCCUCUUCCUUCAGGAGACUGGCUCUGCCGCGUGCAUGUGCGCACAGGAGUCCUUGAGUGGGUUAUUGAAUAGCUUGUGUUGGCUAAUGCUUUAUAACUUGUUCCUUUCCAUGAUAAGUUGAUGGUUUGAAAGUACUCAACUGUAGCUAGAAUUGAAGGUGAACUGCUGGGAUGAAGCCUGUUCAGAGUUGCUGAAUAUAGAAAGCUCCAAGAGUCAGACCCAGAGCAAACACCCUGUGAGAGGCUGAGAAUCCCCUCGCGGCUCCUGGUGGUCUGUGAUUUGUGUGCGGAGAGCAAGACUGUCACUAACCCCUGGGUCCUGACCAUACAUACAGCUGUCUCAUUCUUGCAGUUUGCUUGAAACGGGAGAGCCCCAGGGUGACAGGAGUGGGACAGCUAGCGCCUGCCCCUCAGCAGGGAUCCAGCAUGGGAAUUGGGGGCCGCCCAGUGAGAUCAGGGGAGCACCAGGGCGGGGGUGCCUGGCCCAUGCAGCGGGGCUCCUGCUGACUCUCAGCAGCCGCUUUGCUCAGUGGGCCAGACUGUGCCAUAAUUAUUACAAGGAGAGAACAUGCCAACCUUCCCCACUCCCCUGCCGGCCAUUGUUCGCUGUAAGUUUUCUGAGCACAGUCGUUGUGGGGGUUGGGAAGGUCGCCAAGGGCUGGCAGGUUCCUUCCUGCAGGUCCUGAUUCCUGGUUUCCUACCGCCCGCUCUGGUCUGCAGCCCAAGCCCUUUGUUCCCCAGUGGCUGUCCAGCAGUUUGCUUUCGGUGCUUUUCCUGCCUCUCAUGGCUGAGGAAGUGAUCGUCUUGGUGCUAAGGUAGCUGCCCUGUUCGUUUGUCCAGAGGCAAAUUGUAACUUCACAAAACUGUGAGAGCGCGACCCCCUCUGUGACGGUGGCCGAGUAUGAGAGACCAAGCCGGGAGGGAGGCGUUCUCUUCAGUUAGGCCUGGGUGGAAUGGGAGUUCUUCACCCCGGUAAAGGGGGGUAACCCAGGUAGUAUUUUUGACAGAAAGACGGGAACUUGCCUUUGGGCUGUGGCUCUGCCCUCGGUGGGCUGGGCCUCCAGGCCUCACAAGGUCCCCUGUGGGGAUGCUGCUAUUUCUAAGAUGCAAAUUGCACAUUUCCUAGAUUUUGUAUCUGUGGAUUUGGAUACGGGAGGGGAACGACGACAAACUGCUUAUACAAUUUGAAAUGGGCCGAAAUGGUACUCCACAUUGUUUUGCUUGUUCCUAAAUAAAAACGUAAAUAUGUAUCA